AUGCCCAAAUUUGACGAUCGAUUUGCACGUCAGAACCGCUGCGAGCCUCCACCAGAGUUUCCUCUGGCUUCACCCUAUUCAAGCAUAGUUCACCAUCUUUCGGGUCCCAACAGCCAUGCUCUUACUCAAAUCCUUCCGAAGACAUCAGGAUCGGUCGAUGAUGUUAGACUCCUUGGUCCGUGUUUCAAGACGGGCCGCUUACAGCCAUUACGCCAGCAUCCUAGCAGAUGCGCGGACCUCAGUCCAGGCUGGUUGCAUGUCGUCUCCCCUAUAAGGCCUCCCCGAAGGGAGGUACGUGACAGAGACCUUUAUCCAACCGCCCAAACUGAUGCUGGCCUGCCUGUAGAAGAGUGCACUGGACAAAAGCCCAGAUGA